AUGUCGUCUUUCAAUCCUUUAGCUACUAUCUUGAGUCGAAAACCUAUGGAUGGUAAAAACUACAAACAAUGGAAAACUAAUUUGGAUAUUGUUCUCCAAUUUGAAAAGCUCGAUUUUGUCCUGACUACUCCAAAGCCAGCACAACCUGCUGAAAAUGCGUUUAAGGCAACAAAGACCCAUUUUUCAAAUUGGGAGAAGGCAAAUGUUUCAGUUCGCUGUUACAUUCUGGCCAGUCUCGCCAAUCAUCUGCAGGAACAAGUGAGCAUGAUUGAGAGUGGAGCAGAAAUGGUCAAGACUCUUGAUGACAUGUUUGCUACUUCUAGUAGUUCAGCAAGGCAAAAUGCACUGACUGCGGUUACCAAGACCAUUAUGACUGGAGGAAGUGUGUGGGAUCAUUGUUUGGCAAUGAUAGCAAACUUCAAGCAAGCGGAUAACAAUGGAAUCAAAUUUGUCGAGGAGGUGAAAGUUGACCUGCUUCUACAAUCACUUCCUGAAUACUUCAACCAGUUCAAAAUAAGUUAUAAUAUGAACAAGUUGAAUAUGGAUCUUACUCAGCUGAUGCAUGAGCUUGAGAGUGCUGAUCCGUCUCUGGUCAAGCAGGAAAAUGCAUUUUUUGUUGCUGAGAGUUCUGUUAAACCUAAGGGUAAACCCAAGAGGGGUAACAAGAAAAGAAAAAGAAGAGAUAAGGUAUUCCAGUUGCCAAACCUGUUGCAAUGA